UCCGGGAGUCCGGCUACUUGUCCACCCCGGGGAGACGGCCAGGCUCGAGUCGGGGACGCUGCGAAGGCCAUGGUCAGGCAGCGCCGCGCCGCGGGCGGCUUCCAGACUGGAGCCGAGAGACAGGAGCAGCGCGCGGGGUGCGGAGUCGAGAGUUCGGUCCCUUCUCUGAGCGCUGAGCGCGCGUCGCAAGUAACUUCCGCAGGUUUGAACCAGGAGAGGAUUGGUCCCUCAAAGCCUGGGAUCCUGCAGGGCGGGUCCCACUGCCGCGCAGCACAGAGCCCCAGAGGGGCCCGCGGGACUGGCCUCUUUUCCCUCCCGCAGCCCCAGAAGGUCUGGGGCCGCUGUCCAGGGUUCUGACUGGCUAGGAGGCCUGGGGAGUGCGCUGCCCGCAGACCCAGCCAGGAUGAGCCUGUCUCCUUCCCCGGGACCUCUCUGGGCCUUGAUAGGAAGCUGCUUCGGCGGAUGUGAGGGAUGGAAAGCUGAGACUGGGGCUUGGACUUUGUUGGCUUUGGGGGCCAAUGCGGCGCCGGGCGCCUGGUGCCGCGGGUUCCCGCACAGAUACUCAGGUGCGCCUGGAGCAUCUCGACCAAGCCCUCCCGGAUACCUUCCUCAAUUCGCUUCAUGGGCACCAGGCUCUUGGAGCUCACAGCGCGCGCAGACGGGGAGCUGCCGCCUAGGGCAGAUGGGAGCCCGAGGGGGCUUUUGGCAGACCCGGGCUCGCAAGGGUAGCCUCAGGCUCUUUGAAAGGUCUCCAGAGAGCCCGGGUCCUCUGGGCGACACAGGAAGUGACAGAGAUAGCGCGCCAAGCUUCUUGGCCUGGGUUGAUGGAGGGUCCGCUCUUGGGGCUCCAGCCCUCUCUGGAUGAAGUGGCAACGGCGCUCUCUGCUGCCCGGCCAGCCCCUCUGGCUACCGCACCCGCCUCCCGGUCCUCUGGGCGUGUUCCCCGAAGCCGGCCGCCUGACUCGGAGUCAGUGGCCCUGGCGGAGCUGUCGCCGGGGCUCUCUCCGUUCUGAACUGAGCCAGAGUUUCCAGCGGUUUCUUCCUAGUGGCGCGGCCGACUCCUCGAGCCAGGGCGGGCCGAGCCCAGGAGGGGCCGCUGAAGUGCCCUGGGCCCUAAACUGCCUCCGCUGGAGCGUUGCCGCGUCUUCCUCCCAGUGGUUUUCCGAAGGGUUGUCCACCGGAGUCCCAGGGCCCCAGCACUCGCUGCCUUUCAGCUUGGCGCGCCUUGCCCACGGCGGGUGUCCACGUGUGGGGUCGCCAGGCCUUUUGUUUCCAACGCGCUGUGUCUUUAAGAUCAAGGCUGGAACCCAGGCGGUGCAGGGACCCGACCCACCGCCUCGCCAGGGCUCCCGAACGCAGCAUUAGAAUGUUUAUAAAAUAUUCAAUUUAUGCAGUCUGUCCAAGAAGCCAUCGUCCCAAAAUAAAAUCAGCAGUCUAGACGGAACACAGACACCAAACUUAUCAACAGUUGUCUGACUUGCCUCUUCUGAUGCAUCUUGAGUGGGUCAUAAUACCAACUUUAUUUUCAGUGGUGCAUAAAUUAAUUACACGCAUUUAAUAACCAAAAUAUCAUUAUAUUCCCCCUUUAAUAUCAUAAAGGCUUUCCGCCAGGGAAGCACUUAAUAGUGCAGGGGGCCGUAACGGGCUAUUAUCCUGGUGUAAUGCUAUUACAGAACCAAUUAUGCGCCAUUAGACUUGCUUUUUUUGCAGUUUAUGUGAUUUGAUCCAAUCCCGCGCCCCUGACUUGAAAAUUUCAGCCCGGUACUUUAGAGUUUAAUUUUCACCCAGGCAGAGGGAAGGGCGGUCUCUCUCCGCUGAGUGUCUGCCUCGAAUGCGUUUUAAAAGUAAUUGCGAAGGGGUCCCACUGCAUAUCAUUUGCAUGGAGAAGCGAACAUAAAUUCAGGGACCCCUUGCUGAGAACAAAAUCAAACUUUCCUUUUGUACGGGCGCUUGGAAAGGGAAGCCGUGUGCAGAGUCCCCCCAAAAACCCAUCCGGCUACAAUUAGCAGCGCUUUGUCAAUUCGCAGCCCGGGAGUCGCCAGGCCUGACAAGGGCGAGCCCAUAUCCAAGCUUUUCACGGAGAAAGAAGGUUUGAGUCAGAGGGGACUCGGGGUGGGUGUGGGUGGAGUGUUCAGAAAAUAAUGCCUUUUUGGGGGUGGUGGUAGUGCUGGUUGUUUCUAUCCUCUUUUAAAAGAAGGAAAACAUUUCUGAUGUUUGCUGAGAAAUGAUGGAUUUUUUUUUUAACACCACGUGGGCCAUUUGUAAGGCCCAAUAGACCUAUCCAAGUUACUCGCUGUAGACAGCGCUGGAAAUAAUCAGAUUAAGGCCAAUUAUGCGUGAGAUUAUAAAGGCGAGUGCUGAGCCGCGGCGCGCGCUGUAGACAGACAGCAAGACAUCUGGCCACUUCCCGAGUCACUUUUCUGGUCCUGCGGGCGCCAGCCGCGCCGAGCCCCGCCCGCUUCCAGCCGAGCCCAGUGUGCGGACGGGAGGCAGUCACGCUCCGGCCUUCCUCGCCCGCAGCCCGCCGAGCCAGGCCGGAGCUACGCGCCCCUUGUCUGUCCAGCGGUUACUCUCCCCGGGCCCCGCCGUCCAGCUGAUCCAGCCGUCGGCGAUGUUUUAUUUCCACUGUCCGCCCCAGCUAGAGGUAGGCACUGCACCCUUUGGCAACCACUCUCCAGGAGAUUUUGAUGAUGGGUUUCUGCGCAGAAAACAGCGCCGGAACCGGACGACAUUUACUCUUCAGCAGCUGGAAGCUCUUGAGGCAGUUUUUGCCCAAACACACUACCCUGAUGUCUUCACCAGAGAAGAGCUGGCCAUGAAAAUAAACCUCACAGAAGCCAGAGUGCAGGUUUGGUUCCAGAACCGAAGGGCCAAAUGGAGGAAAACAGAGAGAGGAGCUUCCGACCAAGAGCCAGGAGCCAAGGAGCCCAUGGCAGAGGUGACACCCCCGCCUGUGCGAAACAUCAACUCCCCGCCCCCCGGGGACCAGGCCCGGAGCAAGAAAGAGGUCCUGGAAGCCCAACAGAGCAGCCUGGGGAGAACUGUGGGUCCCACAGGACCCUUCUUCCCUUCUUGCUUGCCGGGGACCCUCCUGAAUACGGCCACGUAUGCCCAGGCUCUGUCACACGUUGCCUCUCUGAAAGGGGGCCCACUGUGCUCUUGCUGUGUCCCAGACCCCAUGGGGCUGUCGUUCCUCCCCACCUACGGCUGCCAGAGUAACCGCACGGCCAGCGUGGCCGCCCUGCGCAUGAAGGCUCGCGAGCACUCGGAGGCCGUCCUGCAGUCCGCCAACCUCCUGCCCUCGGCCAGCAGCAGCCCCAGCCCUGUGGCCAAGCCGGCGCCCCCCGAUGGCAGCCAGGACAAGAACCCUCCCGCCAAGGAACAGAGCGAGGGAGACAAGAGUGUAUGAGGGUCCGGAGUGUCCAGGCCCGAGGCGCCCUCCCCUGCCCCCUGCUUCUCCCAGCCUCAGCCCCUGUGGAAAACUCCCCAAAAAGCAAAGGGAAGACUGCGGCCCAGGGCCUCCUCACGGACUCAGGAAGGGAAGUGAGACCCACGGCUUCCUCGGCAUCUGGAGAGUGCUUCUGGAGUCCUACCGGCGGGGCUGUGUUGUCCUGGCUUCUUUGGUGACAAGUCCGGAUGGAACUCGUGGGCACCAGAGCCCAUUCUGUGGUGAGACCGUUGGGGUUUCCAUCUGGGCCCAGAAGCCUUGGAGGGAAGUAGAGUUACUCACCCCCUCGCCUUCCUGACCCUUUCCUGGGCUGCCUUUGAAGGUCUUACCAACCCAAAGAACUGCGGCAUGGGCCAUCCUUGAGAGACAUCCAGGGCUGAGUCUUGCGCUCCGAAGCGGGGCCGUGCCGUUACAUUAGGCACCAACCGACUCUCAACUGCCUACCAUCAAGACUAGCAGCCGUCGCCCCCUUCCUCUUAUUGGAGGAUAUUGGUUGUAGGCUGGGUUAGGUUAGAAGGUGAGCUGUAGGGUGAGGACGGCUGGCACAGCCAGGCCUGGGGGUGCCCACUGGGCACUUCCGGCAAGGGCAGCUGGGCCAAUCAGACAGGCCACGGGCUCCGUGAGCCGGGGCCACCAUCAUGACACUCCAGGCACUGGCCAGUGUGGGCCCUGUCUCUCUGGACCCGACCUCUAGGUUGAUGGGAAGCUGACCAGCGACAAGCAGUACUCUGAUCCAGGGGGAGUGUGGACAGCCUUUGGGGAGGACAUCGCCCACGGCCGUCUCUGAAACGAGUACACAUCGGAUGAACUACUUUUCCUCAGGUCUCCAGCACAGGGAGGCGGCCUCUCCGGUGGCGUUAUUUCUUUAUUUUUUUUACAGAAGGAAAAAGAAAGUAGAAACAAGACGAGAAGUGUGUGUAUGGAGAAGUGGAGCACGGGGAGGAGGGCUUCCUUGUGGCGUGAACAGAAUGAAUUCCAAAGGGCCAAAUUUCACAGAGAUUUCGGUUUCGAUCUCAUGGGUGUUGUUUUCUCUCGUGUGGAUAGUGAACUUGAAGAGAUCCAAGGGAAAAUGUGCAAUAGCGUGAUCUCUGUCACUCCCCUGGAAGGGGGGUCUGGUACCUAAAAGGUUGCAGUCUUUGGUGGCUUGGUGAUGGCGUUUCCAUGAAAACCGUUAUUGCUUUUAUGACAAUUAUUUUCCUCUCAGUUAUUAUAAUCAAAAUGUUCUACCUUUGGAUCACCCUGCUCCCCUUUUUACUGCCCCCCAGACGCCCCCCACUAAUACUCCCGAGUGUAUGGUGCCUCGUUUCCGAUUACCGCAAAGCAUUUGAUAAAAUACACUGUCUCCUUAAAAAAAAAAAAAUCAAAUCCUUCUUCCUGCUGUAUUUUGCUUGUUGAGUACAAAGAUGAAACGAUUUGCCAAAAAGCGGCAGAGUCGCUUCCGUUUCCCUGUAAUUACGAAUGUUCGGUUGAACGAUGUAAGCGCAAGCCCUUAUGAACACUAACUCUUCAAUCUAAUUGUUUGAUUAAACUCGUAUUUCCUCCAGAAAGGUACAUAAAUAAGUGAACUGUUGAGCAAAUUAAGAAUACUUAACAGCAUUGCAUCUGAAAAGUAGUUACGCUGAUUAAAUUUUGUGUCCUUGAGGACUUUCAGGAAAUUACUUUUGAUCGUCAAUAACACAAUUAAGUAAACUACACACACAUUAGCAUGAAUAAUUGAUAAGAAAUUAUGUAUUACCACGAAGCACUGAUUUAAUAAUUCAUGAUGCGACACUCUAGUGACUGUGCAAAACUGGAUAACAUCGAAAAGUCUGCCUGAUGUUACUGAAAGAAAGGAAAAAAAAAAUCAGCACCAGACCUCUGCAGAGAUAUCGAGUACUUAGUUUUGUUGUACAAAGGCAAAACGUAACCAUGCAUGAUGUAGUUUCUGUUUGUUUAAAUACCCGAAUAAAUUUAGAAGAGUUAAAAAGAAA